AUGGAAAAAUAUGGGAGAUAUGGAGGAGAAGGAGAGAAAGAUAAAGAAGAGAUGGAUACAGAUAAUCACAUGGAGGAGAAGAGUACAGCAGAUGACAUUGAGCAAUGGCGAAGUGAUGGCCCAGAGUUGAACAAAGUUGAUGUAGAGAAGGCGAGAUAUGAUGUAAUUAAGAUUAGAGAUGGUUAUACAGAGAAGAAAAGAGCUGAUGAUGUGAAAGAGAAGUGUACAGAUGACUAUAGGGAGCAGAAGAUUAGAGAUGGUUAUACAGAAAAGAAAAGAGCUGAUGAUGUGGAGAAGUGUCGACAUGACUAUGGGGAGCAGAAGGUUAGAAAUGGUUAUACAGAGGAAAAUAGACCUGAUGAUGUGGAGGAGAAGUGUAGAGAUGACUAUGAGGAGCAGAAGGUUAGAUAUGGUUAUACAGAGGAGAAUAGAGCUGCUGAUGAUGUGGAGGAGAAAUGUAGAGAUGACUAUGGUGAUCAGAAGGUCAGAGAUGUAUAUACAGAGAAGUAUAGAGCUGAUGAUGUGGAUGAGAAGUAUAGAGAUGACUGUUGGGAGCAGAAGGUUAGAAAUUGUUAUACAGAGGAGAAUAGAGCUGCUGAUGAUGAUGUGGAGGAGAAGUGUAGAAAAGACUAUGGAGAGCUGAAGAAGGUUAGAGAUGGAUAUAUAGAGGAGAAUAGAGAUGAUAAUGUGGAGGAGAAGUGUAGAGAUGACUAUGGGGAGCAGAAGGUUAGAGAUGGAUAUUUAGAGGACAACAGAGCUAAUGAUGUGGAGGAUAAAUGUAUAGAUGACUAUGGGGAGCAGAAGGUUAGAGAUGGUUAUACAAUGUUAAAUAGAGCUGAUGAUGUGGAGAAGUAUAGAUAUGACUAUGGGAAGCAGAAGGUUAGAGAUGGUUAUACAGAGGAGAAUAGAGCUGAUGAUGUAGAAAAGAGUAGAGCUGUUGAUGGGGAGCAAAAGUUUAGAGAUGAUUAUACAGAGGAAAAUAGAGCUGCUGAUGUGGAGGAGAAGUGUAGACAUGACUAUGGGGAGCAGAAGAGUAGAGAUGGUUAUACAGAGAAGAAUAGAGCUACUGAUGAUGUGGAUGAGAAGUGCAGAGAUGACUAUGGGGAGCAGAAGGUUAGAGAUAGUUAUACAGAGGAGAAUAGAGCUGCUGAUGAUGUGGAGGAGAAAUGUAGAGAUGACUAUGGUGAUCAGAAGGUCAGAGAUGUAUAUUGGGAGCAGAAGGUUAGAAAUUGUUAUACAGAAAAGAAUACAGCCGCUGAUGAUGAUGUGGAGGAGAAGUGUAGAAAAGAUUAUGGGGAGCUGAAGAAGGUUAGAAAUUGUUAUACAGAGGACAAUAGAGCUGAUGAUGUGGAGGAGACGUGUAGAGAUGACUAUAGUGAGCAGAAGGUCAGAGAUGUAGAUACAGAGAAGUAUAGAGCUGAUGAUGUGGAUGAGAAGUAUAGAGAUGACUGUUGGGAGCAGAAGGUUAGAAAUGGUUAUAUGAAAAAGCUGCAAGAGGAGAACAGAGCUGCUGAUGACGUGGAGGAGAAGUUUAGAGAUGACUUUGGGGAGCAGAAGGUUAGAGAUGGAUAUACAGAGGAGAAUAGAGUUGCUGAUGAUGUGGAGGAGAAGUAUAGAGAUGACUGUUUGGAGCAGAAGUUUAGAAAUGGUUAUACAGAGGAGAAUAGAGCUGAUGAUGAUGAUGAUGAUGAUGAUGAUGAUGAUGAUGAUGAUGAUGAUGUGGAGGAGAAGUGUAGAGAAGACUAUGGUGAGCUGAAGUGUAGAGAUGACUAUGGGGAGCAGAAAGUUAGAGAUGGAUAUAUAGAGGAGACUAGAACUGCUGAUAAUCUGGAGGAGAAGUGUAGAGAUGACUAUGUGGAACAGAAGGUUAGAGAUGGUUAUACAGAAAAGAAUAGAGCUGAUUAUGUGGAGGAGAAGUAUAGAGGUGACUAUAGGGAGAAGAAGAUUAGAAAUGGUUAUACAGAGGACAACAGAGCUGAUAAUGUGGAGGAGAGGUGUAGAGAUGACUAUGGGGAGCAGAAGGUUAGAGGUGGUUAUACAGAAGAGAAUACAGCUGAUGAUGUGGAGGAGAAGUGUAGAGAUGACAAUGGGGAGCAGAAGGUUAGAUAUGGUUAUACAGAUGAUAAUAGAGCUACUGAUGAUGUGGGAAUAAGUGUAUAG